AUGGACUAUUUGAUCACUGAAGGAUAUCCGUCAGCUGCAGAAAAGUUCGCAGCGGAGGCCAACAUUCAGCCCAAAGCGGACCUCGGCUGCAUCAACGAGAGAGUACAGAUUCGAGACUCAAUACACCGUGGAGAUUUGCAAGCUGCCAUCGAGCUCAUCAACGAGCUGAACCCAGAACUUUUGGACACCGACAAGAAGCUUCACUUCUCGCUUCUCCGCCUCCAACUCGUCGAGUUGAUCCGCCAGAGUUUCACUUCUGCCGAUCCGACUCUGGUAGCCAAGGCGAUAGAGUUUGCUCAAAACAAUCUCGCACGUUACGCUCCAUUGGAUGCGCAGUUUAAAGUCGACCUUGAACGGGCCAUGGCUCUAUUAAUCGUACCCAGGGAGUCGUGGACACAAGCCGCUGUGGCAGGAUCCUCUGGUCAGCCAAGCUCAAGUAUCCAGAGCGAGUUUGGUGCACUGGCAGAGCUCGUUGACCCUUCAUUAAGACGGAAAGUCGCAAAGGAUGUCAACGAAGCUAUUCUCCAGUCUCAGGAUCAGAGAAGAGAGGCCAAUAUCCGUUAUCUUGUCAGAGCCCGCGCUUGGGCUGAACAGCUUGCGCGUGAGAAGAAGAUUGAUCUCCCUGAACUUCCUCUCGGCCUCGAUGGAGAUGAAUCUGCCUGUCAAAGCCAUAACGGCCACAACGGAGAUACUGAAAUGACAGAAAAUGGCUCCGACGCCACGGGUGCCGAAGCGGAAAUCGCUCGAUAUACGAACAUGCCUACAUGA